AUGGUGUUAGAAUGAAGACAGUAUGAAUUACCCGCCCCUUGCUCUCAAUGUGACAACACGUGCGAGACAAACAUGGCAGCCAUUGAAAGAAUGCGAAAUUCCAACGAUUCCAUAUCACAGAUCGCCUCCGUGCUGCGCGAUCAGAACCAACCGCUCACAGAACGAUUUCGAGCCUUGUUUACUCUUCGCAAUCUUGGUGGAAAGAAAGCCAUCAAUGCAAUUGCAGGUACUUUCUCCGACCCUUCGGCACUGUUGAAACACGAACUAGCUUACUGUCUUGGCCAAAUGCAGGACGAUUACGCUGUUUCGAUCCUCACAGAAGUACUUGAAGACGAGAACCAAGAAGUUAUUGUGCGGCACGAAGCAGGUGAAGCUUUGGGUGCAAUUGGAUCAUUAUCUUCCAUCAAAGUUUUGAAAAAAUUCGAACACAAUGAUAUCAUUGAGCUUGCUCAUACGUGUCAGUUAGCCAUACAACGAAUCAGGUGGUUACAUGGCUCAGAUCGUCACAAGAAAAACUUGUCCAAAAAUCCAUACAAUUCUAUCGAUCCUGCACCACCUGCUGAAUGCCAAGACUUGGUGAAAUUGGAGAAGAUGCUGCUGGAUGAAUCACUGCCUAUAUAUACUCGCUAUCGGGCCAUGUUCUCUCUCAGGAACAUGCAAACGGAUGAAGCAUGCUUAGUUCUUGCUAAAGGAUUCUCCUCUUCAGAUGUUCUGUUUCGACACGAGAUAGCUUAUGUUCUUGGACAGCUUCAGAACCCAAUCUCAAUAAAAUCACUGAUGGAAGUAGUGGAGAAACUUGAUGAAGAUCCCAUGGUGAGGCAUGAGUGUGCUGAGGCAUUAGGCGCACUAGGAACAUCUGAGUGCACUGAAUUUCUGGCUAAAUAUUUAUCAGACAAGGAAAGAAUUGUCCGUGAAAGCUGUAUGGUGGCUCUGGACAUCAGCGAGAGUGGUGACCAGUUUCAGUAUGCAAACACCUUGAGUAAAGUGACUAGUGUGUCUGCCUGAUGUUCUGAGCACAAUUUCACAAAUGGGAACGUCUAUGUAUGAGAUGAGGAAACCAACUGGAAAUAGAGAUCUCUGUAUAUAAACCAAAGUAGGUAUGUGUAUAUAUACACACAUGUAUAUAUGUGUAUAUAU